GCACCAUGCCUCUCCCUAGUGAUACCAGGGUGGAAAUGCGCCGUGUGAACCUGCCAAGAGGGUCUGUAGAUGAUUUGCAGCGUGGCAUUGGGUGUGUGGAGCUACUGGCGCACUUGUGUCCCCCCGGGGUGAGCGACAAGAAGCCUUGCGCGUUCGUGGACGUGGUCUUCCAUCCCUUGAAACCUUGGGUCGCUGCUAUUGAGCAAAAAGGCUGUGGGAUUGUGUGGGACUACGAAGCAGGAGACGUCGUGACGGAGUUCAAUCUGGGCGAAUCUCAAGUCCUCGACGACGACGAAGCGCACACCAACGAGGGGAAUGAAGAUGCUGGCGACGAGUCUGCCGGAGCUUUCAAUCCCACCACCGCAGCCAAGGGAUUACUGAGUCGUGCUACAUCUUCGCCAUCAGCGAGAUCGGUCCAGGGAGCUGCAGCGGCAGCUAAGGGGUUAUUGUCUCCUACCGGACCUUCACUCAUUAAGCCGAGACGACGUCCGAGUCUGCAGAUGCUCUUCUACGACCAUGAAGCCAUUGCCUGUACGACCCAAUUGCCAGCGUCUCGAACGUGUUUCGAUGAGUGGCUCAUCAUCGUUUCACGCUCGCAUAUCGUCAUUUGUGACCUUGAUCAGAAUGGAGCGGUACACCAUCUUGAUCCUGAAGAUCUUCACCGUGGGCUUCCGAGCAGUGUAUCCAUCUUACCCUCAGGACUUUUGGCGAUUGGUUGUCAAGACGGAAAGAUCCGAAUCUGGAGCCCAUGGCAGUCGAAAACGGUUGGGACACUUGAUAGCGGAUCACAGCGAGAUGUCCAGCAGCUCAUUCUGCUCACGACUCCACCUAUUUUGAUGAAGCGAAGUGGGAGUGGAUCUCUUCCAGGGGCUGAAACUCGUUUAAGCACGCAACUACACCAUCUUGCCUGUGCUACUUUGGAUGGACAUGUUGUAACGUGGCGAGUAUCUCUAAAUGCUUCGACUGCGAGCUGUGAUUGCGUGAAGACGUCAGAAGUGGAACUCCGAGACGUGUUUAGACAAUUUGACACGGUGAACGGAGUGCACGAACUCAAGUUUCACCCACAGCACGACGUCAUGACUGCAGCUUGUCGCGACGGUACCAUUUUCUUCUUUGACGUUGCGCCGCUAUUGGACAGCAACAAACCCGCCACGCUCACUGGUCUUCUACCAAACAGCAAGCUUCAGAGUGUAGUUGUUCUACCAGGUGCUCAGAAAGGUUGCUUCAUAGUGCUUUCGACGUCCGCUUUGAGCUCCACUUUGGUUGUUUCAGAAAUCGGAGUCAAAGGGCGCUACUGUGGGAAGGACAAUGUGCCGACUAUCUUCACUGAGUUUAUGAGCAGCAAUACUCAAGAGUCCAGGGAUCUGCGAGUCUUCGUUAAUCCGAUGCCACCCAAGAGACUGAAGAUGGCGUCUCUCACAAGUAGCGCUCGCAAUCCGGGCGAGUUGUGCUGCCUCACAAGUUACGGCUUACUUGUCCUCAAGACGAGCUUUUUAGCUGCUCCAACACCAGUGUUCAUCCCUCGAGGCACAAACAACAAUCCAGCUAUCGGAUUUCCUUCCUCAAUGGCAGUUCGAAUCCGAGUUCUUGGUGAAAAUCCGCAAGACAAACCACAAGUCCAAGUUGUACAGAACGGAGCUGAAGCCCAGGCUCCCGCCACAAUUGAGCGUUCUCGUGUCCCUCUGUUACAGUACAGCCCCUGGCAAAAUGGAUUCCUGGCAGCAAUUCUGCCGAUUACUGGACACCUCGAGAUUUUACAAGUGGGAUUGAAACCUGUACCACCUAAUGCGGUCGAUCUGGAGACGAUAUUUGUGGCGCAUGCCUUUGGCUUCGCAUGGCAUCCAUCGCUGCCACUCUUCGCAGUUCUAGCGCCCAACAAGGAACUAGCUGGCAAGCUCACCCGAUCGAAUACUGCAUCUGCCAUUGUGCCAAAUAAGCGUUCACGCUUUUUCUUUGGAGGGAGCAGAGCAUCCGCUGCUAGUGCCACAGACGAACCGGAUGCUCGACAGCAGCGAGCUGCGGCGAGAAGCUUGACAUUGACGAUUUACAAAAUCUCAGGAGAUGAUGCGGAAAUCGAGUUUAUCGAGACGAGUUUUGCAAGUGGUGAAGACAAUGUGCUCCACGUUUUCUCGGGGCCACUUCUGGGUAUUGUCAAGUACGUCGCUGACGUCAAUACUGUCGAUCCAGCACCAUUAGUUGCUGGUGGAGCAAUUGUGAAGAGAGCACGUGACAGUCCUGCAUCGCUAAGUCGAGUCCAGCGCGCACAGUCAUUUAUGCUCGGUCUUAGCUCAAUGUCAUCGCCGAAGAUGACGGAUCUGAGACUCACGAUGAUGUCUCCGUCGCAGUCUCCAUCGGCUUCACCCACAGCAACAAAUGUCGAGUCAAUGGACCCUGCAAAUGACCUAACAAAAACGUUCCUGGAAUUCUACGAAUGGAGUCCCAUUACGGGGGUACCAGAAGGUGAGACGGGGCUACGUAAGCUGGCCGGUUUCGCUGUUGAUUGUCCUCUCAGUCUCGAAUGGGACACCACUCAGAGCCUUUGUGCACUCGUGUAUCCAACUUGCAUCAAAAUCUACCGCUUCACUCCCAUGAACCAAAGUGAAGGAGCUGCGCCUUCGAUGAAGUAUCUGCAUGAAAUUCCAACUCCGUCGCCAGCACUUUCGCUGCACUGGGUGCAUCACACGCUAUUCUUCACCACAGAAGAUGAGGUGAAGUGCAGCUUAAUCUCAAGAACGCGAUGUUUCACGCUAGCUUUAGCGUCUCGAUGGGUGUUGAACGAAGCUUCUUGCGCAACUCAAGUAAGCGACGACGACCUCAGCCAGUUCCCAAGACCUCAGAUAUUCCCUGCUGGAGCGACAACAAUCUUGGGUGUCAUAGAUGAAAAGCUCGUGUUGGGAGGGCCACUACAGGCUGUUCACAUCCUGGAUCUGUCGAACAGAGUUCUCCAAUGCGCGGUACUUGUGACCGCUGGAUCGGUCGAGCGGGUAGCAGAGCUCGCUCAACCGCUUUGUCCAGAUGCCACGGAGUGGCUGGGAGCUGUUUUCGAGGCGUUUGAUCAUGCGUCUGAGGCUUUACGACUUUUACCCGGUCUUUCGCUGUCACUGAAGGUCAACAUGUGCAUCAAACACGCUCUGUUGGAGCCUUUGACGAAGUUACUUUGUGAUUUAAUUGAGCAAGAGCGAGACUCACCCAAUCUCACGGUAACUACUAGAAUUCUUGGUUGCGAUCUGCUACUGCUCACCUUGUUGUUCGUAUAGGGUUCAUCGCUCUUCCAGCGCGCUUGUAUCGCUCUUCAUCGCGGCGAGAUGCAGACACCUCUCAAGCAACUUGGCUCUGCUCUUGUAUCCUGCAAACGGCACAAUGACGCAAUCUUUGUCGCUUCGUUACUACAGAAUGAUGAAGUGAGUCUUAGCAAUUGUGUUUGAGUAAUUUGCCUCAUCUAACGUGUGGAUCCUUAUCGUUCAGCAACUCGUCCAAGCGUACGCAUCAGCUGAGGAGUGGGGAGCUGCAUUUCAUGCUGUGAAGGCCAAGAGUUCAGCCUCGAUGUCAACUCCAGAUGCGAUAUUAAACAAGUGGAAUACGAGUGUUGCGAAACCUACUGCAGCGUGGAGAACGAUACUUGAAAGACAAGGAGUUCGACCUCCGACAGCGGUGAAGCUCCAAACCUCGGGACGUUCUUAAACCAAGCAUAAUACAUCGAUCUUAUAUUUUUUUAAAAGAAGAAUAAAUAAGCUUGACUGCUACAGUUAUCGUGAAC